CUUUCUCCACAUCGUCUAAAUAAUAUCUCAAUAGCUACAAGCGCCACCCUCCAAGUUCUCUCGAAACCCUAAUGAUGGCGAUCGACAAAACCGAGCCCAGCAAGCUCCGAUGGGGAGAGCUAGAGGAAGACGACGAUCUCGACUUCUUGUUGCCGCCCAAGGAAGUUAUCGGCCCCGAUGAGAACGGGAUCAAAAAGGUGAUCGAAUACAAGUUCAACGAAGAGGGUAAUAAGGUCAAAAUCACGACGACGACCCGAGUCCGAAAGCUGGCCAAGGCCCGUUUGAGUAAGCGGGCUUUGGAGAGGAGGAAUUGGGAGAAGUUCGGCGAUGCGGUGCGUGAAGAUGUUGGGAGUCGGCUCACUAUGGUUUCCACUGAAGAGAUCCUUCUUGAACGUCCCAGAGCUCCUGGUACCAAACAGGAAGAAAUGAAGGCUGCAGGGGACAGUUUGGCUCAACUUAGCAAGGGAGGUGCGGUUCUCAUGGUGUGCCGUACAUGUGGUAAGAAAGGUGAUCACUGGACUUCCAAAUGUCCUUACAAGGAUCUUGCUACUCCAGUCGAAACCUUUGUCGAGAAACCUGCAGCAUCAGAGACCUCAGUGGCUGCUCCCGGAGCUGGAAAGGGAGCUUACGUUCCACCAAGCAUGAGAGCUGGUGCUGAGAGAACCACCGGAUCAGAUAUGAGACGCAGGAAUGAUGAGAACUCCGUUAGGGUAACCAACUUAUCUGAGGACACCCGGGAGCCCGACUUGCAUGAACUUUUCCGACCAUUCGGUGCUGUGACUCGUGUGUAUGUUGCUAUGGAUCAGAAGACGGGCACAAGUAGAGGGUUUGGUUUCGUCAACUUUGUGAACCGAGAGGAUGCCCAAAGAGCUAUUAACAAGCUGAAUGGAUAUGGUUAUGACAAUCUCAUCCUCCGAGUCGAGUGGGCGACCCCGAGAACAAACUAGAAAGAUUAUCAACUUCCUGGUUAUGUCAACAGUUGCAGUAAACCGUCUAAAGUGCAGAUUUUGGCCACCACCCCAACUUUCUUUUAAACCUAUGUUGUUACAUGACUUUAUGUUCUAUUUAAGGUCAAUUAUUGGUUCA